AUGGCAUUAGACACAAGUCCCAGCUCCUGGGCCUGCGUCAUAGAAAAGGAGGAGGCGCAGGUUGUACAUGUACGCCCUAUGUCCUUAAGAGGUGACUGUAUGGACUUGAGCUGGAUCCAGCCCUACAAGUGGACGCCCACCGCCCCCUCUCACCUGGAGGUCACAGCGGGGAUCGGACUGAAUGAAGAGGGGCAUCGUGUGCCCGUGUUACAGAUCAACUGGACAGUGAGCAUAGACUCCAGUAUACUGAAUCUACAAGGUGCGGAGAUCUCGGUGUUGGAGCUCGGCUCAAAUCGUAUACGUUGCGUUCAGUUCCAGUUCGGUAACCAGUUCCCCAGACAGCGCGAUCAGAACAACCAGCCAUGGAAGUUCUUCUACAAUAGGUUUGAGGUGAAUCCUGGUAAUGAAUAUCAGAUUAGUGUCCAGCAUCUGCCGAAACAGGAAGAUGUAAACCGCAGAGAAUUAGAAUUCACCGUGCCGGGAUGUAAUGAGGAGGACAUGACGCGGACUGACACCUGCUGUAAUCAUGGACAAUGCUGGAACCAUAAUAUCACCCUGGAACGUAUUGAGGACAACUUGACUGUGACAUUUAUUCCUCAACUGGACGCCCAGAGUUACGGUGUACAAGUCAAUGUCAGGCACAAGACGAGCCCCUUAUUCUUUGAGAAGAUCGACCUUUCUCAGGGGACGGGCACUGAGCGCAGGACGGUUGUCUUCCACGACCCCAUGCAACAUAACGAAUGCUGGUAUAACGUCACGGUUUGGCCCUAUAUGCCGUCUUGUAACAAUGACUGCGUGCGGCAGUGGUACGCUCCAAAAUGUCCUCCGUCUCCCUCUCCUCCUCCGCCAGAUCUGUCCAGACAGGUGAAGAUGUGGCCGAUUGCGGCCGCUGCGAUGAUAAUGGCCUUUGCCAUCACUGUAAUCCUCUUGUGCCUUCAAGCUUGUAUCAUCCAGUCAGACCCUAAACUUCCAAUUCACCCGCGCCCCUUCAAGCCCCAGUUGGUGCAACAGAAGGUGUGGCUGGUGUACUCUGCCGACCACAAACAUUACGUGGAUGUUGUCAUUAGGCUGGCAGAUUUCCUGCGGGCGUCAUGGGGCUUAGAAGUUGUGCUGGAUCUACACCAUAGCCUGGACAUUAGUAAAAAAGGUCCCAUGGACUGGCUGGUCUAUCAAAAAGAGCAAAUCGAUGAGACGAAUGGGAUCAUUCUUAUUCUGUGUUCCAAAGGGGCACAAGCAAAGUGGAGGGCCAAGCAGAUGGGCCAGGAAGCACAGUCAGCGUCGGGUGAUGACAUUGGGUCUGAGAAUUGGGACCUUUUCACCAUGGCACUACAUCUCUUCUGCACAGACUUCCAGAGGAGCAGUCCUUACGGUCGCUAUGUGGUGGCCUAUUUCAGCGAACUCAGUGACGUUGGAGAUAUCCCUUCUCCAUUUGAAAUGUGCUCUCAGUGCGUUCUGACUGAAAACUUACAAGAUCUCUUAUUCCGCAUUCAGAGAAUAGAGCGCCAUCAGCCCAAUGUACAGUAUAAUGUUGACGUAGAGGGAACAAGCUACCGGCAUCUGGUGAAGGCCGUUGAGCGGUGCCGGACUUGGCAGGAAACUCAUUCGGAUUCCCCAGUGGAAGUCAAAGAAGAUGAGUCUGUAGAGGAGCAAAAGGAAGUUGAAGAGGAGGAUAGACCUGAGCUCACUCGUAGAAACUACCCUCAGAUCCGCCAACCCGAGGCUUCAGUCUCUAAGAUGAAUCCAAUAGUCAUUGAGCCAGAUCCAAUUAGAUCACUUAACCCUUCUCUCGCCAAUGGACCGUCGAGUUUUUGUGUGGUGCCGCUCCUCAGUGUGGAACAUUCAGCGGUAAACAUCCAACAGCCGUCUCUUAAUACAGAAUACAGAGCCUCCUAUAGGCAGCAGCCAUUCCUAACCCAGGUAGACGAGUCUCUCCCAAUUUAUAAUGAACAUUUACAUCAGAUAGACCUGUCUAUACCAAGCGACCAAGGCGUUCAGUCAGAGGAGUUAAGGGAAGCCCAAAUAAGGUUAUUCUCCCAAAGCAUCUUGGGAGAUCAACAUAUAAACCCUGACAUGGCCAUCUAUGAUGCUGAUGCAUCACCCAGUUCAGAAGAUCCAAAUGUGGCUCAAUUGGUUGGACUAAAAGAGCCUCUUCUGGUGGUCAGUGACCAGUCUGUACCAAGUGACCAAGGUGCCCGGCCUGUGGACUUGAUUGAAGCCCAGAAGCUGCUUUUCUACCAGAGCAGUUUAGAAGAUGGAACCACCAGCGCGGUCUUUGAUGACGAGUCUUUAUAUGGCUCAGCCUAUUGUUUGGGUGAGGAAGAUGAAUCUGUCUAUGAACCUAUGGGUCUAUCUAUACCUCAUGGCCAAGACAUCCGGCCUGAGGACUUGGUGGAAGUUCAGAAAAAGUUUUUCUUGCAGACCUUUUUAGAUGAUCAGAACUUACCACCUGACCUGUUCUUUGAUGCCGAGUCACCAAAUUGUCCUUUGAUGAUGAAUGCCGACAUACCUCAGCUAACAUUCAGUGAACCGGGACUUCAGAUUGAGACCUCAAGACCCAAUGGUCAAGGCUUCCAGCCUGUGGGUCUGAGGGAAGCCCUGAAAAACUGGUUCCCACACAGUAUCCUAGGAGAUCCAAGAAGAACCCCUGAGAUGGAUGCUCUUGCGGAUGAGAUUAACAUCUAUGAGGAUAGUAAUGGCCCAGAGUUGGCAGUCAUGGGUCAGAAAAAUAACAGAAAGUACUACUCAGUGGAUCUGGGAUAUGGAUCCUUGAAACAAUGAUCUGCAAGGGCUACUAGAGGAAUGGAUAAAGAUCUUAUAGAUGUGCCUAAGGGGUACUCCGUCCCUAAACGUCUCAUCCCCUAUCCAAAAGGAUAGUCACUGGGAACCCUGCGAUCUCCAUGCUGGCUCCCUAGCGUUAUGAACGCUGGGUUCGGGCGACUGUGAUCUUGAUGUCAUGCCACACCCCUCCAUUCAUGUCUAUGGGAGGGGGCAUGACAUGAGUGGAGGGGGCGUGGCAUGACCUCACUAUCACAGUCGCCCGAACCCAGCGUUCAGAACAUAAUUUUUAGAAUGCCAGGGAGCCAGCACAGAGAUUACGGGGGUCCCAGUGGCCGGACCCCCACGAUCAGACAUCGCAUCCCCUUUCCUUUGGAUAGGGGAUAAGAUGUCUAGGGACAGAGACCCUCUUUAAAUACGGUGCCAAACACAGGCCAUGUCUUGUCCAUCUCAAACACAAAGCUCUGCAGUGCAGUCACCAAUAUGGUCUACCGUCCAUAUGUGCAGUGAUAAAAUCACAAUGGCAGAACUGUGAAUGCAGCUUUGGCUGUGACUGGAGUACACAAGAUCAGAACGUGGAGUUGAACGCUAUAUAAUGCUAUAACUCAUUUCCCUGUAAUAAGGAACAUCACUGUGAUAACUAAGCGGUGCCCCUUGUGACUGGGCAGAGGUACUGCACCCACCUCUUUAUAUCGGAUGUGCCUUUAUCCUGAAUGAGACAAAUCAAUGUAAAUUUCCUAUUGUAAAAUAAUUAUUUAUUUGAAAUCGAGGAUGUUGUUUGAUAUAUAUUUUUCUAUUUGAUUGGGGAACAAUAAACCCUGCGUCAGGAUGGUUCCUAGCAGAUAACAGUCCAUCACAGAAGCACUCUCUGUUUAUGUUUUGUUGCCUAUAUCAUGCACACUCACCUUCUUCAGUCCUACAGUGCCAUCUGUUUUAUUCCAGCACAGCUGCAUCCAUGUGUUUCAUUUGUGUAACUGGGUCAUGUGAUUGCUAGUCUAACCCACAGAAAAUGACAGUGCUUAAUGUGUCAGAGGAAUUGGUCUGUCCUGGGUCAGCUGACUUCCUGUGAACUACAGAAUGACCUAAUCAGAUCGCUUCUAAUAGCUCCCAGACUCCUCCCCUCCUGCUCUAUCUGUAUACUGCUGCUAUCACUAUGGGA